UUUUUUUUCCCUCCCUCCUUCUCUGAAUGAAUUGCCUUGCAGGAGGGACUGAAAAUACAGCUUCUUCCUGAAUCCAGUGGCAGAGUUACUAGAGACAGCUCAAGACACAACACUGCAGAGUAACGCCUUGGAAUGUCCUCGCACUUUAUAAACAAUUGUCCUAGGGAGGGAAUAUUUUUACAUGACAUUUGCACAGCUUGACAAAUGGCUAGCUGAGGCUGUGUGCUGCUCUGAUGAACGUUGAAUAUUAUACAGAGAUACCCCACAAACUGACCAAAGAGAGCGAUCUAACUGCACUGGGAAAGUAGAAGUGGAAGUUGGAGCCUUAAAAACGCCCCACCAAAACAACUAACAAACAGCAGCAUUUAAGAGAAGAGAGCAAGAAAUUUAUCUUGGGCAGGAUGGCAUCUGCCCAGGACCUUUUAAUCCUGGCACUAUAUGGCUUGUUACUAGAGUUACCGGCUGGAUGUCACGCAGCGGAUACGAGGCAGCCAAGGUUACGUCUGUCACAUAAAGAGCUCUGGGAUUUAAACAGGACGUCAGUCUUUCGUAGCCCGUUUGGAUAUCUUGGUCUCCAUGUAAUGCUGCUGGAUGAGUAUCAAGAGCGACUGUUCGUGGGAGGAAGAGACCUCUUGUAUUCCCUCAGUUUGGAUCGAAUCAGCGACAACUACCGAGAGAUCCAUUGGCCUAGUACACCUCAGCAGGCAGAAGAAUGCAUAAUUAAAGGAAGAGAUGCUGAUGAAUGUGCAAAUUAUGUCCGUGUCCUUCACCGAUAUAACAGAACGCAUCUUCUGGCUUGUGGAACAGGAGCUUUUGAUCCCCUCUGUACUUUUAUAAGAGCUGGACAUCCAUCAGAGGAUCAUCUGUUUCAACUGGAAUCGCACAAAUUUGAGAGAGGACGAGGCAGGUGCCCUUUUGACCCCAGUUCUUCCUUCACCUCCAUCUUAAUUGGUGGUGAACUUUUUGCUGGUCUCUACAGUGACUACUGGGGAAGAGAUGCUGCCCUGUUUCGCACCAUGAAUCGCAUGGCCCAUCUCCGAACUGAACCUGACAAUGAGCGCCUUUUGAAAGAACCAAAAUUUGUUGGCUCCUACAUGAUUCCUGACAAUGAAGACCAUGAUGAUAACAAAGUGUAUUUCUUCUUUACUGAAAAAGCUUUAGAGGUUGAGACAAACACUCAUGCCAUAUAUACCAGAGUGGGACGUGUAUGUGCGAAUGAUAUGGGAGGCCAGAGAAUGCUCGUCAAUAAAUGGACCACUUUCCUCAAAACCAGGCUAGUUUGUUCUGUGCCUGGGAGAAACGGAAUCGAUACACAUUUUGAUGAAUUAGAGGAUGUAUUUUUGCUGCAAACUCGUGAUAACAAGAAUCCAGUGAUAUUUGGCCUUUUCAACACUACAAGCAAUAUAUUCAGAGGCUAUGCUAUAUGUGUUUACCACAUGGCAAGUGUUCGAGCAGCUUUCAAUGGACCAUAUGCUCAUAAAGAAGGACCUGAAUACCACUGGGCUCUCUACGAAAGAAAAGUACCUUAUCCUAGACCUGGUUCAUGUGCCAGUAAGGUGAAUGGGGGUCUGUACACUACCACAAAAGACUAUCCUGAUGAAGCUGUCCAUUUUGCCAGGAGUCAUCCACUAAUGUAUCAGCCCAUCAGGCCUGUUCAUAAGAGACCAAUACUAGUUAAAACAGAUGGAAAGUACAAUCUUAAACAACUAGCAGUGGACAGAGUGGAAGCUGAAGAUGGGCAGUAUGAUGUCUUGUUCAUUGGCACAGAUAAUGGCAUUGUGUUGAAAGUCAUAACAAUUUACAAUCAAGAGACAGAAUCAAUGGAAGAAGUGAUUCUUGAAGAGCUGCAAGUAUUCAAGAUGCCAGUUCCUAUUAUUUCUAUGGAAAUCUCUUCAAAAAGGCAACAGCUCUAUGUUGGCUCCGAGUCAGUCAUAACACAGGUGAAGUUCCACCAGUGUGACAUGUAUGGCACAGCCUGCGCCGACUGCUGCCUCGCCCGAGAUCCCUACUGUGCCUGGGAUGGGAUCUCCUGCUCCCGUUACUAUCCCACAGGAGUGCAGGCAAAGAGACGUUUCCGCAGACAAGAUGUUCGGCAUGGAAAUGCAGCGCAGCAGUGCUUUGGCCAGCAGUUCAUUGGUGAAGUCCUGGAGAAGACUGAGGAGCGACUUGUUUAUGGAAUAGAGUACAACAGCACCCUUUUGGAGUGCACCCCUCGGACCUUACAAGCAAAAGUAAUCUGGUUUGUCCAGCGAGCACAUGAAACUAAGAAGGAAGAGGUGAAGACAGAUGACAGAAUAAUCAAAAUGGACCUUGGACUUUUAUUCCUGAAGCUCCAUCGUCUGGAUGCAGGGACUUAUUUUUGUCAGACAGUGGAACACAGCAUUGUUCACACUGUGAGGAAAACCACCCUGGAAGUAGUCGAGGAAGAACGUGUAGAUGAAAUGUUCAAUAAAGACUAUGAGGAGGAGAUACCUCACAAAAUGCCAUGCCCAAUGCAGAGUAGUAUACCUCAGGCAUCAAAACCAUGGUACAAGGAAUUUCUUCAACUAAUAGGUUACAGCAACUUCCAGAGGGUGGAAGAAUACUGUGAAAAAGUGUGGUGUACAGAUAAGAAGAGAAAAAAGUUGAAAAUGUCUCCCUCCAAGUGGAAAUAUGCCAACCCUCAGGAGAAGAAGGCAAAGAUCAGACAAGAGCAUUACCGGUUGCCCAGGAACAUAGCUGACUCUUGAUGGACAAAAUCCAUCCACUGUUUCUGAGCAAAAGGACUUAAGAGGGAGAAAUCAGUCUUGAUUUGAGUAAAUUACACAGGUUUAUAUAUAUAAAAUAUUGGGACUGAAAAAAAUGCUAUGGUAAGUUAUAUUGUACACAUGAUGACUGUUUAGAAGCAUUUUAAACGAAAUCUUCUCAGCUAUUUGGUUCUAAGUCAAUGCAUUAGGGAUGACGUGACAAUCUUCAGACUUUGAGUGCUUGAAUCAGUCUCCUGUGUGGACCGUGCUUGUGCUGUAUAUUGUUGCACAUGAUGGUAUAUUUAACAAAUUCGAAUAGCUAAGCAUUCACAAAUGGAUGAAAAGUAUAACACAUUUCUUUGUUUCACAAAUUUCUCAAGCUUCUGAAAAUGGCACGUCUUAAGAUCUUUCCUUUUGAUUGUGACCUGUCUGAGUUUAUCACUGAGAACGAGUUAUGUUAAUAUAGUGUAUUGCUAUUUCUAAAGGUAAUGAAGGGAAAUCCUAUUUACUUCCCACAAUUUUUUUUUUCAUAUCAAUCAUUUAUGGAGUGCAAUGUGCUCUCACAGCUAAAUAAUAUUACCUAGUAACUUGAUGUAAGUCAAAUGCAUGCUGAGAACACAGACAGAAUGAAAUUCAUCAAUUUAUCUAUAUAAGAAGUUGAAAUAAUGGUUUAGAUAGAAAACGAGUCCAUCUUGUGUCUAGUACAUUGCAUUAGUGAUGACACGAAUUAAAGGAUCGCCCUCUUGUGGCAAAAAAAAGGCAAAACCUGAUACUAAAAUUCAUUUACUGAAGAAAUGUGUAUAAGCAGAGAAGUAUUACCGAGAUCCGCAGCUGGUUUGUUUUCAGCAGACACUUCUAGUCUCCAUGUGCUAAAUCCACAGAUUUAGAAGGUAGUGUUGGAAGUCAUUUAUACUGGAAAGGCAGCAUUUAAAGUGAUGCUUUAUGUUGUUAACGUGCUUUUGGGGUAAAACGCAGUCAUAAAAAGUUACAAUGUAGAUUAAAAGCAAGAACAGCAUUAUACAGCUGUGUUUCUGUAGUUUCAGGAUCUACUUCACUUAAAUCUUUUUCUGGUAUGUGAUCUCUGAUCUAAAGGGCUGUUUUGCUGCUGUUGUGAGUGAUACCAGGGGAGAACAAAAGAACUAAGUUGCUUACAAUCUUUCAAGGCUUACUAUUAAAAAAAAAAAAAUCUUUCUGUCUUUAACUACAAAAAAACAGAUGCAGAAAAUGCACAAAAAUUAGUAUUUCACUACCUGAGAAAUCUAUAUUACAAUAUGAAAUGUAUACUGAUUUUUUUAAAUUGGAAAUUUAAAAAAAAAAAAAA